GGUAUGCCAGCAAUACAGAGUACCUCACCACAGAUGACUUACUUCUAUUUUUAGAAGCAGAGUAAGGGAUGCAAAGAGUGACGAAAGACAAAUGUAUUGAUAUAAUCAAUAGGUUUGAACCCUCAAAAGAUGGGAGAGAAAAAGGGCAGUUAGGAAUAGAUGGAUUCACAGAUUAUUUGCUGUCUGAGGAAUGUGAUAUAUUUGAUCCUGACCAGAACAAAAUUUGUGAGGACAUGAACCAACCUUUGAGUCAUUACUUUAUUGCCAGCUCGCACAAUACGUAUCUUAUGAAAGACCAGUUACAAGGCCCGCCUAGUUUCGAGGCUUAUAUACGUGCCCUUACGAAAGGAUGUCGCUGUGUGGAACUGGAUUGCUGGGAUGGACCAAACGAUGACCCCAUUAUUUACCAUGGACAUACCUUCACCUCAAAGAUACAGUUCAAGGCCGUUAUUGAAGCCAUUAACACUUAUGCAUUUGAAACCUCUGAGUAUCCUGUGAUAUUGUCAAUAGAAAACCAUUGUAACAUCAAACAGCAGCAGGCGAUGGCUGAAUACAUGACCUCAAUAUUUGGAGAUAAGUUGUGUAGUGAGAGUGUCCCUGAGAACGAGACUUGUCUUCCUUCACCAGACUCUCUCAAAGGAAAAAUACUUAUCAAGGGUAAGAAGUUGCCUCCUGACUCAGAGGACGGGUAUGUUACAGAUGAGGAUGAAGGGGCGGAGUCAGACAAGAAGAAAAAUAACAAAACCAAGGAUCACCCAGUGAAGAAGCACAAACUGGCUAAAGAGUUGUCUGACUUGGUGAAUUAUUGUGUGUCCACUAGAUUCCAUGACUUCCAACUACCCCAAACAAGUCAGAAAUACUAUGAGAUGUGUUCAUUCAGUGAAUCCACUGCCAUCAAACUGGCCAUGAGUUGUCCUGAGGAGUUUGUAAACCACAAUAAGAAGUUCCUGUCACGUAUUUAUCCCAAUGGAAUGAGGGUGGACUCCAGUAACUAUAACCCACAGGACCUCUGGAAUUGUGGGUGUCAGAUGGUGGCCUUGAAUUAUCAAACCCAUGGUUUAAUGAUGGAUCUAUACCAUGGAUUCUUUCGACGUAAUGCUAACUGUGGGUAUAUUCUGAAGCCAGCAAUUAUGAGGGAGGAGAUUGCGUACUUCAGCGCCAACACAAAAGACGUCAUUCCAGGGGUGUCAUCUCAAAUAUUGCACAUAAAGGUUGUCAGUGGACAGCAUUUUCCAAAACCCAAAGGUUCUGGUGCCCGCGGCGAUGUCACAGACCCAUAUGUUACCAUAGAGAUUUUCGGCAUCCCUGCUGACUGUGCAGAAGAGAGGACCAAAACUGUGCCCCAUAAUGGAUAUAGUCCCAUAUUUGAUGAGAGUUUUGAGUUCAAGAUUAACCUUCCUGAGCUGGCUUUGGUUCGGUUCGCUGUCUUGGAUGACGAUUAUAUCGGUGAUGAGUUCAUUGGACAGUACACCAUUCCUUUUGAAUGCAUGCAGACAGGAUACAGACAUAUUCGUUUAUGCUCCAAUACAGGAGAGGAGAUUCCUAACUGCACCUUGUUCAUUCAUGUGGCAAUCACAAACAAACGAGGAGGAGGGAAGGCACACAAGCGUGGAAUGUCGGUGAAGAAGAAAACCAAACGUGAUUACAUCAGUAUGAAGUCAGUGGGAGUGAAAAGCAUUGAUGAAACAUUCAAGGUUGCUAUUCAACCACUGCGAGAUGGCACAGACCUCAGGGAUAAUGUACAGAUAACUCUAGCUGACUUCAAAGAAACUUGUGGGUUAUCUCCUAUUGCCAACAUCAAACAGUGCUUCCGUUUAAUGGGUACCAGGCUAUCCAACUCCACUGAGCAGGCUAAUCUGACCCUCGUUAUGAGAGGGGAGUAUCCAAGCCUAGAAGCUCAAGGCAAUCUGCCAGAUAUUUUGAAGAAAGCCCUCCUCUCCUUUGAUGAGUUGGUGGCAGAAAUUAAGAAUUUACUUGAAAAUGCAGACACAGUUUAUGAAAGGUUACUGCAUUGCAAGCGAGCUGGGAUGGAGUGGCAUGAAGAUUUGGAGAAUAUUUGCCAGCAGUCAGGCCUGAAGGGCAAAAAGUUAUCAAAGGCCAUGGAAAAUUUCUCCUGGAAUAUAAGGGUUUUAAAAGGACAAGCAGAUUUAAUCAACCAAGCCAAAAAAGAAAGCCAAGAGUAUCUCAGACAAAUCACAGAAGCAGCACAAUCAAUGGGGCUUGGGAAAUUCAACGACAGCCAAUCAGAUAUACCAGAUGUCCUGGACAGUCCAUUAUGAUGUAGAGUCCGUCACCAAAAAGCUGUGGUCUCAACAGGUGCCACUCUCAAGGAAUGCAUAUGUCAUUGAACCACCAAGCAGUUCUGAAACAACCUGGGAAAUCAAGCGUUUACACCAAUGUCAGAAAUUAUACAUAAUACA